AUGAUCGACUUCAUCUCCAGAGCUCUUAAUCUUCCUCUCCUGGAUCCCUGCUUGAAAAGAACUGGAGUAUUCAAUCAGGGAGUAGACUUUGCUGUAGCUGGGAGCACAGCUCUCGACACCUCAUUUUUUCAGGCCCGAAAUAUUCCAGUUCCUAUCUUCAAUACUCCUCUCAGUGCUCAGAUGCAAUGGUUUAAAGAUCAUCUCAAAUUUGUCUGUCGUUCCCCAUCAGAUUCUGCAGCUAGACUUCAAAGAUCCUUAAUAAUGAUGGGAGAAAUCGGGGGAAAUUUCCCUAUUAGUUGCAUCCUAAUUUAUUUGACUAGUUUUGCGAAUCCUGAUCUAGAAGCAUACGACCAGAUGGGAUGCUUGAGAGAGGUAAAUGAGUUUGCAAGAUACCACAACUACUAUCUUCAUAGGGCUCUUCAUGCUUUGAGGCAAAAGUUGAAAAGGGACAAUCUAAACGUGGUUGUUGUCUACGCUGAUUACUACGGGGCUCUGGAAUCAGUUCUUGCUCGUGCUCCAUUUCUUGGAUACGACCGAAGAUCUUUAUUAAAAUCGUGUUGUGGGAUUGCAGGGAUUUACAACUAUGAUGGUCGGAGGAUGUGCGGAACACCUGGAGUUCCAGUUUGUCGGGAGCCUGAAAAGUACAUAUAUUGGGACGGAAUUCAUAUGACACAGAAAACUUAUCGCCAUAUGUUUGAGUUUCUGAUCAGUGACAUGUUGUCAAAGAUGCAGUGCGUGUGGUAG